GGUUUAUGUUUCACUAUGUCUCACAUGGUGGUGUGCAGUACCUGUGCUUGAGCGAUCAUGACUUCCCGCGCGAGAUCGCCUUCUCAUUUCUGGUGGAGAUCAAAGCUCAGUUUCUCGGUCACCAUGGCAACGAUCUGGAUGAAGCCGGCGAGUAUGCGUUCAACCGAGACUUUGGGCCCAUCUUGAAGCAUUCGUUAGACUACUAUUCAUCAGACCCUGCCGCGGAUAGGCUUCGACAGGUGAGGAGUGAGGUAGACGACGUGAGGAAAGUCAUGGUACAAAAUAUAGAGAAAGUGAUGCAACGGGGCGAGCAGAUUGAGGUGUUGGUGGGACAGACCGACAACCUCAACCAACAGGCGUUUCAGUUCAAGAAGAAGAGCACAGCCCUUAAGCGGAAGAUGUGGUGGAAGAAUACCAAAAUGCUUAUCCUACUGGGGAUGGUAUUGGCGAUUGUAUUCUACUGGAUCUUAUCCAUGGCCUGUGGGGGUCUGAGCCUCCCGUGCUUCAAGUCGUGAAUAUCGCCAACUGGAUGAGAACGUUAUACUAUACUCAUAAUCCAAGCGAAGACUCGUGGAGCUAUGUCAUGAUCUGACAAUGAUAGUCCAAUUCUCUCGAUGCUGAUGUACCCGGAGUUGGAGUGAAUAUUCGUGGCCAGAUAUAUACAUACACACACACACACAUACACACACACACAUAUAUAUAUAUAUA